AAGGGUAUAUUAAGUAACAGGUUACCUUAUCAUUAUCACCUUUUAGUUUAAAAAAAUGGGCAACGGAUGCCGACGGUUUCCGCAGACAUCCACAUGUCGUCGGGACACGCCUGCCACCCGGCUAAUUAUAAAACAUAAUUAGAAGUUUUUUUUUAGGAGAAAGAAAGUUCAGCAAUCCACAAUGAUCCUUGCUCCCGAGGACUGCGGCUGCCCCUACCAAGACCCGGGCGCAUCCAUCUCCAACUCCCCCAUCUGCAACGGUAUGCUCCUCUUCAUGACGCUGCUCGAGGGGUUCGUCUCCGGGCGGUGCCGCAUCGCGGAGCCCUGUCGUCGCGUCGUGGGCGUGAAGGAAGCUGAUGAGGAGUACGACUUCGUGGUGGUGGGCGGAGGCGUGGCCGGCCCUAUCGUGGCUGGGAGGCUGGCUGAGAAUAAGGAGUUUAAGGUGUUGUUAAUAGAGGCAGGAGGGCCGGACCCCGUGGCCUCCAGGGUCCCGUCGUUCUACAGAAACUUCUGGAACAAUCCCGAGACCGACUGGCUCUACCGCACUCAGCCUGGGAACUUCUGCCUCAAUGAGAAGAGAAAAGGAUGUGUCUGGCCUCGUGGAAAGACUUUAGGUGGCUCAGCAGUGCUCAACGGCAUGAUGUACCACCGCGGCCACGCAGCCGACUAUGAAGACUGGGUCAAGUUCGGCGCUAAAGGCUGGUCCUGGGCCGACAACCGAGCCUACUUCGACCGGAGUGAAGACAACAAGCAGAUUGGGUCGGUGGCCAAGUCGUCCUAUCACUCGACCGGUGGACCCAUGCCGAUUCAGCAGUUCAGAUACACCCCGCCCAUAGUGCAAGACAUGCUGAGGGGCAUCAACGAGUCCGGGCUGCCCGUCAUCGACGACAUGAACGACCCCAACACACCCGUCGGGUUCACCGUGGCGCAGACCUUCUCCAACAACGGCCAACGCUACACCACCGCGCGAGCGUACUUGGAGCCGGAGUCGGAGAGGAAGAACCUGCACGUGCUGCUGGAGGCCCACGCCUCGAGGGUGCUGUUUGACGGCACGAAGGCCAAUGGAGUGGAGUAUAUUAGGAAGGGGGAGAGGAAAACUGUAUCAGCCACUAAGGAGGUAAUCCUCAGCGCCGGCGCACUAAACAGCCCCCACAUCCUGCUACUAUCAGGCGUCGGUCCCAAAGAGACCCUCGACAAGUUUGAGAUCCCCGUGGUGGCUGACCUGCCACACGUGGGGCAGAACUUGUUGAAUCAUGUCGGGGUCACCCUCCACUUCCUUAUCACGAAGGAGAAUAAUACCCAGACCCUGGAUUGGGCUGAUGCCACUGAGUAUCUGCUGGAAGGCACCGGGCCUUUGACUGCUGAUGGCAUGACUCAGAUGUCAGGGGUGCUGUACUCCAGCCUGGCGGACAAGCAGCGUGAGCAGCCGGACCUGCAGUUCUUCUUCAACGGGUUCUACGCGGAGUGCUCGGCGACCGGCGCUGUGGGCGAGCCGGUGGGGGACUGCCCGCAGAACGGGAGGAAUAUCACGAGCAACGCAGUAGCCCUACAACCGCGCAGCGUGGGCUACCUGACCAUCAACUCGACAAACCCGCUGGAGCCGCCGCUGUUCUACCCGAAGUACUUCUCGCACCCCGACGACAUGGUCAUGGUCAAAGACGGCGCCAGAUAUGUCAGGAAGAUCCUGGAGUCCAAGACAAUCCAGAGCAAAUACGGCGUAAAGCUGGACCCGGCCUACACGUUCGUCUGCGACAAGGCCGGCGACCAGUGGUCGGACAAGUGGCUGGAGUGCAUGGCCCGGGUCUACACUGACGCGCAGAACCACCAGCAAGGCACCGCCGCCAUCAGCCGAGUGGUGGAUAAUGAGUUGAGGGUGUUUAAUGUUACUGGUCUCCGAGUGAUAGACGCGUCAGUGAUGCCCACACUGGUGACGGGAAACCCUCAGGGAGCCAUCAUGAUGGUGGCCGAGCGAGGCGCCGAGUUCAUCAAGACAGACUGGACCAAAUAACACGACCAACCGGACCGCUAUUCAACGUUAUAAUG